CCGGUGGUGGAAAGAAUGUGGUUGGAGUGUUGCUUCCAUCUGCUUGACUGGAACUUCCCAGCAGCUAAAUAGCCCCUGCCUGAGUAUGCACAGAGACCGUUUUGAACUGCACAGUCUAGCCAACUCUUGCUGAAGGAAACCAGCAGAGGAGUCACCCAGUUUGCCCUCGUCACGGCAUGCUAAUUCCAUUUUCAAUGAAGAACUGCUUCCAGUCACUUGGUUACCACAAGGUCCCAACGGCUGGUUUUAAAAAUCCAGCCACGCGUGGGCUCAUUUUACAGUCGAUCUCUAAUGAUGUGUAUCAAAACUUGGCUGUGGAGGACUGGAUCCACGACCACAUGCGCCUGGAAGACAAGCCAGUUCUCUUCCUUUGGAGAAACUCUCCCUCUGUUGUCAUCGGCAGGCACCAGAAUCCAUGGCAAGAGUGCAACCUGCAUCUGAUGAGACAGGAAGGUGUGAAACUGGCUCGGAGGAAGAGCGGAGGAGGGGCCGUGUACCACGACAUGGGCAACAUCAAUCUCACCUUCUUUACCACCAAAGCCAAGUAUAACAGAAUGGAGAAUCUGAAACUGGUCGUGAGAGCUCUGAAUGCUGUCCGACCCCAGCUCGAUGUGCAGCCGACCAAAAAAUUUGACCUGUUGCUCGACGGGCAGUUUAAGAUAUCAGGAACUGCGUCAAAGAUCGGCCGGACUGCCGCGUACCACCACUGUACCUUGCUGUGCGGUUCUGACAGGGCAGCUCUGUCUUCUCUGCUGAAGAGCCCGUACCACGGGAUAAAGAGCAACGCCACGCCCAGCAUCCCUUCCACCGUCAAAAACCUUCUGGAAAAAGAUCCCACGCUGACCUGUGAAGUUCUGAUGAGUGCUGUUGCUGCAGAGUACGCUGCUUGUCACCAGAUGGUGGACCGGGUUAACCUGAUAAACCCAGCAGAUGAGGCAGCGUUUCCUGGCAUAAGCAGCAAAGUGAAGGAGCUGCGAAGUUGGGAGUGGCUGUACGGCCGGACCCCCAGGUUUAGUGUAAAUACCACACUCUGUGUGCCGCAUGAACAGGCACAUUUGGAAAUUCAGGUAUUCAUGGAUGUGAAGAAUGGACGGAUCGAAACGUGUGAUAUUAAGGCACCUGGUCACUGGCUGCCACUGGAAAUGGGGGACAAAUUAAACUCGAGUUUUAUUGGCAGCAAAUUCUGCCCCAUUGAGACCGCCCUGCUAACGAAUCUGUUAGUGAGAACGUGUCCGGACGACCAUCGCUUACACAGUAAAUGGAAUGUUCUGUGCGAAAAGAUCAGGGGAAUAAUGUGACCCUAAGUGUCUUUCUUUCUACU